UACAGACUGAAAGGAGAGAGACAUAGAAACAAACGAGGGGGAGAGAGAGAGCGAGAGAGCUACAGAGAGAGCGAGAGAGAGAAAUGGCGCCUUGGUGCUGUGCUCUUUGAGCCAGUGUUUGGAGCCUCUAGAGUGAGAAUAAACAUGGUGAACACGCGGAACAGCUCGCGGCCGAGCAGCAGCCACUUCAUCUCCUCCAGGACCCGCUCAUCGUCGAGGAGUGAGCGCAACUCCGAUGAACAUAAGGAGAUAAGCAGUGAUGUGAGCAGUCCACGGCUAAGCCCGCCUGCCAAGCGGCCCCACAGGCAGAUGACAUCGGAGCCCAGCUCCAGCGACACGUCCCCUUCGCCCCAGACCAAAGGCCAGAGGGUCAGCUGGGACCUUCCCACUUACCGCACUAGGUUGUCAUCUCGUAUUAUGCAGAACGGGCAUGGCCACAUGGGCCAGGGUGACCACUCGCGCAUGAACGGCCACGUGGAGCUUAAAAGGAGCUGCCGUGUGAGGAAGAGCCAGUUUGAACACCUCAACCAGAGCCUGCUGUUUGACCAGCUGGUGAACAGCACUGCCGAGGCUGUCCUCCAGGAGAUGGACAACAUCAGCAGCAUCAGGCAGAACCGUGAGGUGGAGCGCCUCCGCAUGUGGACCAGGGACACCGAGGAGGAAAACAUGGACAUGUACUCUCGUGUGAAGCGGAGGAAGUCAAUGCGGCGCAGCACGUUCAGCCUGCCCGCGCACCAUAAAGUCAUGAGUAAAACGCAAGAAGAGGAGGAGGAGGGCACGGAAGAAUCUCACGGGGAGGAAGAGGAGGAGGACGCAGAGGACGAGGACGACGAAGGGGAUGAAGCCGAAGAAGCAGGGGAGGGGAACGACAGGCCGUACAACUUGAGGCAGCGCAAGACAGUGCAGAGAUAUGAGGCUCCACCAAUUGAACCAGUGAACAGGAAGCAAAGCAACCCCACACUCUUUGAUACGCACAGGUCGCCAGCAAGAAGAAGCCAUAUACGAAUAAAGAAACACGCCAUUCACAGCAGUGAUACCACCUCCUCCUCCGAUGAGGAGCGUUUCGAGAGAAGGAAAAGCAAAAGUAUGACGCGGGCUAGGAACAGAUGUCUGCCCAUGAACUUGACAGCGGAGGACUUGGCGAGCGGCGUCCUGCGUGAUAGGACAAAAGUGGGGGCCAGCCUGGCCGAUGUGGACCCCAUGAACCUCGACACCUCAGUGAGAUUUGACCAAGUGGGUGGCCUUGGGAAUCACAUUCAGUCUCUGAAGGAGAUGGUCGUGUUCCCACUUCUUUAUCCAGAGGUCUUUGAGAGAUUCAAGAUUCAACCUCCACGGGGGUGUUUAUUUUACGGCCCACCAGGGACAGGAAAGACGCUAGUGGCUCGAGCACUGGCCAACGAGUGCAGCCAAGGCGAGCGUAAGGUUUCCUUCUUCAUGCGCAAAGGCGCCGACUGCCUCAGCAAGUGGGUUGGCGAAUCGGAGCGCCAGCUGCGCCUCCUAUUCGACCAGGCAUAUAUGAUGAGGCCAUCUAUCAUCUUCUUUGAUGAGAUUGAUGGCUUAGCUCCGGUUCGCUCCAGUAGGCAGGACCAGAUACACAGUUCUAUUGUGUCUACUCUGCUGGCCUUGAUGGAUGGCCUAGACAGCCGUGGGGAGAUAGUGGUCAUCGGUGCUACCAACAGACUUGACUCUAUCGACCCAGCGCUGCGGAGGCCCGGCCGUUUCGACCGGGAAUUUCUCUUCAACCUGCCCGACAAGACUGCCAGAAAGCACAUCUUGCAAAUCCACACACGGGACUGGAACCCCAAAUUGUCUGAGCCAUUUGUAGAUGAACUUGCAGAAAAAUGUGUUGGCUACUGCGGCGCAGACAUCAAAGCACUUUGCACAGAGGCGGCGCUGGUGGCGCUACGCCGCCGCUACCCCCAGAUAUACGGCAGCAGCGUCAAGUUGAAACUAGACGUAGCCUCCAUAGUGCUGGGACCCGCCGAUUUUGGCCGGGCUAUGAGGGCCAUUGUGCCGGCCUCCCAGAGGGCGCUGGCACCCUCGGGGCGGGCGCUGUCACCCAUCCUCAGGCCCCUACUGGCUGGCGCCUUCUCCUUGGUGCUCAAUGCUCUUCUCAGAGUCUUCCCCCAUGCUCAGUGUGCAGACAGGGACAUCCACGGCGGCGACAAUCAACUACUUGAAGAAGAUGUGUACAGUGAUGACGAAAACGAGGAGCGUAGCACUUCAAUCUAUGAAGUCCAGUCUGCUUUGUGCCCGCUAAGCCCGUCAGAGUCCUUGAGCGCUGCAAUGUGCCGGCCCUUCAUUCAUAGCUCUUUUUCACCCCACCAGCAACCCACCUCAUACCGGCCUCGUUUGCUCCUGGCCGGUACCCCGGGCUCAGGACAGAGUUCUCACCUAGCCCCCGCCUUGCUGCACCACUUGGACAAGUUGCCUGUGCACCGCCUGGACUUGCCCACCCUCUACUCUAUUAGUGCUAAGACGCCGGAGGAGUCCUGUGCUCAGGUAUUCCGUGAGGCCUGCCGGAGCACUCCCAGCGUGGUGUUUGUGCCGCACAUCUCUGAGUGGUGGGAGACUGUGAGCGACACGCUAAAGAGCACCUUCCUCACACUGCUGCAGGACAUACCCUCCUUCUGCCCGGUCCUUAUCCUCGCCACCGCCGAAAUGUGCUACUCGCGGCUCUCUGACGAGGUGAGGAGUAUGUUCCAGAAGGCUUAUGGUGAGGUGGUCACACUGCAGCCACCAGGCGAAGCAGAGAGGAGGAGCUUCUUUUCAGAUCUGCUGCUGGUCCAAGCGGCCAGAGCUCCACCGCGCCUCAGGAAUACAGAGCGGAUCGUGGAGGUUCUGCCUGUGGCUGACGCCCCAGGCCCUAGGGUGCUGUCUGCUGAAGAACAGCGUCGCCUGGCAGAGCAGGAGGAAAACACAUUACGAGAGCUCCGGCUCUUUCUCAGGGAUGUGACCAAGCGGUUGGCCACCGACAAACGCUUCAACAUCUUCAGCAAGCCUGUUGACAUUGAGGAGGUGUCGGACUACCUGGAGGUUAUCGGACAGCCCAUGGACCUGUCGACUGUCAUGACCAAGAUUGACAAGCACCAUUACCUGACGGCCAAAGACUUUCUGGUGGAUAUUGACCUUAUCUGCAGCAACGCGCUUGAAUAUAAUCCCGAUAAAGAUCCUGGAGAUAAAGUGAUCCGGCACCGAGCAUGCAGCCUCAAGGACACAGCGCAUGCCAUCUUUGCCUCAGAGCUCGACCCAGAGUUCGAUCGAAUGUGCGAAGACAUAAAGGAGGCACACAGGAAGAAGAACGAGCAGACGCCAGUUCAGCCUGCAGCGGCAGCAUCAACGGCGGCAGCAGCAUCAACAACUUCAAUAGCAGCGACUCCUUCGAGUGCUCUCGGAUCCAGGAAGAGCCUAGCUUCUGCGGAACAGCAGAGCAAGGCCAGCACUCAGGGCGAGACUACCGAGAAUAAACCAGGCACCCCAAAUCAUGUCAAGAAGAAGCUUCGCCGACGGCCAUCUUGGGUCCGGGGCAUCAUCCGCAAACACAAGCACCACAAGAAGUCCGUGGAAGAGGAGAAAGGGCAGGAGCACCCUGAGGCCGAAACUGAAGCGGCGGGGCCAAGCGACUCCUGUCUGACGCUGGACGAGGAGUCCUCCUGUGACACACCGGGCCUUCAGGCCAACGGCCACCUCCCUCAUGUCUCCUCCAUGGAGGAAGAGAGCUCCAACGAGCCUCCGGUUUGCUCUGCGGAGGCUGGAAAGGAGUUGGAAAAGCAAACUCGCCUGCAUUGCCUUGGAAACAGUUCUCAUCCACAGGCAGACGGGGACAGUCAAAGUGAUGCAAAACCUUCGAUUGAAAAAUCAGAGUGCUCAGACACUCAGCACACAGAGGUUCUCCAUGUAACGCAAGUGAACGGGAACGAGUCCAUGGAUAGUCUUGACUCACAGUGUCAAGAGAAAAAUGUCAGGGCUAUCGACAAAAGGACUCAACACAACAUAGCGGAUGACGCAGGGAAAAAGGUGGCCGUGGGGGAACACAACAGUAAUCAUGAAAGCGAAAUAACUGAAGAUCUUGUGAUAGAAAGUCUGGAGGAAGAUCAGGACAAAGAAGGGGACUCCAGGGCGAAGAAAUGCAAGAGGGGCACGUCAGAGCAAUUGAAAGCGUCGGCCGAGAGGACGGAGGAAGAAGCCAAACCAACGUCUCCACCCCCGCCUCCACCCCCUCCGCCACCUCCACUCGUGGUUGACCACCAGCAACUUUUGGUGCUACUCAACAUGGUGGUGAGGAAGAGUGAAGGCUUCAGCGUGGAGCAGAUGGAGAGACUCUACUCGGUGCUCAGCCAGUGUAUCUUCACCCAUCGCAGAGAGUACGACAAGACACGAUUACUGGAGGAAAUGGAAGACCGAAUCCAGCAUUUUGACACAUUCCUGUGAGACUCCGACAACAAAACCUCCUCAGGUAGACCCUGAGCAAACUGCCCCCGGACCCCUAACCGCCUCCUCCCACGGGACCACAAACUGAGAGCGAAGUCGAGAGACAUUCAAUGGUGCUAUCGUCUCAGGAAAACACGCUUUGACACAACCAAACCCCCCACCUCCCCCUGCAGGUGUGUCACACUCACGCACAUUUAGACCCACGCCAACGGUAAUGGGCGACCCCGGUGCUACUUGGGUGCUAUUCUAACUGUAAUCCAUGCUGCUUGAAGUGAAAACAACCCCUUCCGCACGCGCGCGCACCGAUCCUCACCAGCAGACAGUUGCGAAUGCCAGAACGGAAGAAAAAUCUCAUUCGGUCAAAGACGCCGCUGAGCCAAUCUCACCGCUGAGUGGAUCAUCAUCAUUAUGCGCUGUUGUUUCUUUCUCACCACUUCUUUCUACCCUCUUACGGUUACUUUAUAUUCGUUGUGCCAUGUUAUCUCUCCAAAAAAAAGUUAGAAAAACUGUGGAAGGGUCUUAGUGGCUUUUAAUUAAACCUGACAUCUCCGAGUGAUAUGAUUUGAAACAAAUAUGGUACUACUCAGUUAGAAUCAACUCCAGUCAUACAAUACAGGGUGACUUUUUAACAAUCCAAUAAAACCAAGAGUGAUGGACCCCAAAAAAAUUUAUUUUUUAGCUAUUGAAACCUUAAAAUUUUUCUUCUUUUAAAAAUGGCCUCUUCUUGUAUGAAUGCAUUCUUCUUUAUCUGUAUAGAACCCCAAAAGGGUCUGAAUUAAAUAAAAACAACAUUUUGAAAUAUGCUUUGAUAAAUAACGAAUUGUUUAAUGUGGCGCUUACAUUGUAAAAUUAUGUAAUAUUAUUAUGAAAAAGAUUAUACAAGAUAAAAAGUGUUUGGUAACACUUUACAAUAAGGGUCCCUUAAUUAACAUUAGUUAAAUCAUUUUUUUAGACAAUAACUAAUGUUUAAGUAACAUUACAAUAGAUAAUAUAAUUGCUUAGCUAACAUUUAUUAAUAUGUUAGUUAACAUGAGUUAAUGCAUUAGCUAAUGCGUUAGUUAAUGCAUAACCAGACAGUAACUAAUGGUUUGGUAAAACUCAAAGUAUAUAUUGGGUUAGGGUUUAGGGUUAGGGUUUGUUAACUUGGCAUUUACAAUUUCUCAGUUAAGGGACUUUACGUGUCCAAAAAGCAUUCAAUAAUGGUUAAUAAAGGUUAAGGGGGGGAACUUAAGCAUUUAUAAUUUGUUAGUUAAGGGACACAUGUGCUACACUUUAUAAUAAGGGUCCAAAAAAUAUUCAGUAAUGGUUGAUUAAGGUUAAGUAAUACUUAUGAGGUACAUUCACGUGAAAAAAUACCAUAAUUAAGGUCAGGUUAGCAGCACCCAAGGACUCAAAGAGCAAUGUUUCUCAUUUUAAAAUAACAAUCACUUACUAGUAUCAGUAUACAUUAAUAACUUAUAAUUUACUAAUGUAUAUGUGAAUUAAUGUUAAGUAAUGUAUUAUAUCUUAUAACUUAACCUUAAGUAUGGUAUUAUUUCACGUGAACGUACCUCAUUAAGUAUUAACCUUUAUUAACCAUUACUGAAUACUUUUUGGACCCUUAUUGGAAAGUAUAGCACAUGUGCCCCUUAACUAAGAAAUUUUAAAUGUUUAACAAACCCUAACCCCAUAUAGGCCUAUAUAUAUAUUUAAUUUUACCAAACUAUUAGUUACUGUCUGGUUAUGCAUUAACUAAUGCUUUAACUAAUGCAUUAACUCAUAUGAAUUAAUACAUCAAUACAUGUUGGAUAAGCAAUUAUAUUAAUUAUUGUAAUGUUACUUAAACGUUAUUGUCUAUCGUUAUUGUUAUUGUCAAUCUAUUUUUAGGGCUAUUUUGAAUAAAAAAAAAAAAAUUUGAACCCUCCAUUUUUCUGGGUAAUUUAUUUCGGAGGUCGUUUAUUAAAUUUUUUUCCCCCCCAACUUCGUUUUUCAAAAUAAUUUAUUUUUGGGUUUGUUUUUUGAAUUAAUUUUUUUUCCAACGUUGUUUUUCAAAAUAAUGUAUUUUGGGGUACAUUUUAAAUUUUCCAACCUUGUUUUUCAAAAUAAUUUAUUUUCGGGUUUGUUUUUUGAAAGUUUUUUUUUCCCCAACUUUGUUUUUCAAAAUAAUUUAUUUUGGGGUUGUUUUUUUUAAAAUUAUUAUUAUUCCAAACUUGUUUUUCAAAAUAAUUUAUUUUCGGGUUUGUAUUUUGAAAUAUUUUUGAAGUAUUUAUUUAUUUUUUAAUUAUAAUUUUUUUCCCCAACCUUGUUUUUCAAAAUAAUUUAUUUUCGUUUUUUUUUAUUUUAUUAAUUUGUUCCAACUUUGUUGUCUUAAAAUGCAUUAAUUAACGCAUUAACUCAUGUUAAUGUAUUAAUAAAUGUUAGAUAAAGGAUUAAAUUAUUGUCAUGUUACUGAAACAAAAUGCAAAAUGUCUAAAAAUGCAUUAACUAAUGUUAAUUAAGGGACCCUUAUUGGAAAGUGUUGCCAAGUGUUUUUUAAUUUCAUAAUUCCUGUUUCCAAAAUAGCCUUUUUUCAUUUCCAAGUCGUUUUUCAGCACAAUGAGAUUUUACCAAAAAAAUUUCAUAAUAUCUUUUUCCACAAAGGCCUUUUUAUUUCAUAAUGUCGUUUUCCAGCACAAUAAAGCAUGAACUGUCAAUCAAAUACUUAAGUCUGAGUCAGUUAAGUGAUAUGCUGGAGGGACUGUGAAGUUUGGCUAGCUGCGCUAGCAUUUCGUAGCGUCACUUUCAGAGUUAAUCAGAUAAGUUGCGAACCGGUUAGAUAGUAACGGACGGCGUUUACCUCAGCCUUAGCAAGGAUUUCAGCAGCAGUGUGUUUUUAUUAGAUGCUUUCUGGAAGUUUACCGAGCAGUUCAUCGUCGCUACCAAAUGCUAGCGCAGCUAGCCGGACUCCACACGCAGCACGCGCUUCAUUGUUCUGAAAAACAACUUUUUGAGAUAAAAAGGCCAUUGUGGUAAAAGGCAUUGUGAAAAAAAAUCUUUGUGAAAAGUGCUUUUCAUCUUGUAAAAUCUCAUUGUGCUGAAAAGCUUCAUUAUGAAAUGAAAGGGCUCUUGUGGAGAAAGGCAUUAAGGAAUAGAGAGUGUUUUUCAUGAAGUUUUUUUGUGUGAUUUUCAUAAUAAUUCUACCUUAUUUUACAAUUUAAGGGCCAUAUUACAUAAUUUGUCUGUUAUUUAUCGAAGUGUUGCUUUUAUUUAAUUUUGACCCUUUUGGGAUUCCAUACAUCUGAGCUGAGAUACUGUGAAUUUCAUCCUGAAUUCACCAUGGUUACUAUAAUGGCACAUUGUUUACUUGCUCAAGGUCACCGUCUCGCAGCGCCGCCACUUGCUCAUGUCUACCAAUACGCAAAAAUUUUCAACAGCAGAUUUCAACAAAGCCUUCAUGCAGUUGAACACCAUUUUUGAAUGAAAAUUCCAUCAUUGUUACUUAAACGGCAUGUUUUAAGAUUUCAGUCACUAUGAGUAAAUUAUUUUUCUUCCAUAACACUUAGUUUGCUUGUUAAAAAGUUCCCUUUUUUUAGUCACCCUGUAAUUAAGAGCAGUGUUGAUUGACCGCGUGAAAGCACACAAAAUACAAACACAAAAAACGCAAAAGAACUUAAAUUCGUUUAUAGCAGGGGUCUCUAAGUCCGGUCCUCGAGAGGUGCUAUCCAGCUUGUUUUCCAUGUCUCCCUCCUUUAACACACCUGAAUCAAAUGAUUGGCUCAUCAGCAAGCGCUGCAGGAGCCUGAUAACGACCCUGAUUAUUUGAUUCAAGUGUGUUAAAGGAGGGAAACAUGGAAAACAAGCUGGAUAGCGGCUCUUGAGGACCGGACUUGCGGACCCCUGAAUUACAGAAAAGCAAAAAUAAAUGAAUAAAGUGCAAAAGGAGUGAGUUUGAAUGCAAGCAAGUUACCUGAAGAUCUCCGAACUGACAAAAUUUACCUACUCAAUUUGGAUUUGUACUUUUAGUAACAUUUUAUUUGACGGUGGCGUCAUAAUUAUGACAUAACACUGUCAUGAGAAGUAUGUCACUUUUGAAUAGAUGUGAAAGACGUAAUUGGAGUUAAUGAGAUCUGUCAUAAGCAUUCAGAAUUAUGACGGCCUUAUGACGCCAAUGUCAAAUAGUGUUACCGUACUUUUUACACUGAACGGCCAAAAUUAACAUCAAUUUAUUGUCAGUUUUACCUGUUCACGCAAGACAAUAAUCUGGAUGAUUGAGUGGUUAAUGGCUAAUUGUGUCGAGGAGUUAUUUGAAAUUUUCAUAUAGAGAACUACGGAAGCGUAUUGCAUUCACAUGCAAAAUAAAAAAUGGGGGGGCUGUUUUUUCAAUAAAUUUUUUUUUAACCCUCCGUUUUUCUGGGUAAUUUAUUUUGGAGGUCGUUUUUUAAAAAAAAUUUUUUUUCCAACGUUGUUUUUCAAAAUAAUUUAUUUUGUUUUUUUUUUUAAUUUUCCAACCUUGUUUUUUAAAAUAAUUUAUUUUCGGGUUUGUUUUUUUUAAAUUUUCCAUCUUUGUUUUUCCGAAUAAUUUAUUUUGGGGUUGUUGUUUUUUUAUUAUUUUUUUUCUAACAUUGUUUUUCAAAAUAAUGUAUUAUCAGGUUUGUAUUUUGAAAUAGUUUUUUUUCCCCAACUUCGUUUUUCAAAAUAAUUUAUUUUGGGGUUGUUUUUUUUAAUCAUUUUUCCCCCCAACCUUGUUUUUCAAAAUAAUUUAUUUUUGGGUUUGUUUUUUUUUUAAUUAAUUUUUUCCAACUUUGUUUUUCAAAAUAAUUUAUUUUGAGGAUGUUUUUUUUUAAUUAUUGUUUUUUCCAACCUUGUUUUUCAAAAUAAUUUAUUUUUGGGUUUGUUUUUUUGAAAUAUAUUUUUUUCCCCAACUUUUAAAAUCAUUUAUUUAUUUAUUUAUUAUUUUAAUUACAUUUUUUUCCAACCUUGUUUUUCAAAAUAUAUUUUCAGGUUUGUUUUUUGAAAUAUUUUUUUUUUUCCAACUUUGGUUUUCAAAAUUGUUUUUGGGUUUGUUUUUUUAAUUAAUUUUUUUCCAACUUCGUUUUUCAAAAUAAUUUAUUUUUGCGUUUGUUUUUUGAAUAAUUUUUCCCCCUGAGCUUGGCUACUGCAGAAAAAAUUGCAAUACGCUUCCGUAAAUGCUAAUGGCUUCCAAAAAAAAAAAAAAAAAAAAAUGUAUUCAAAAUUCAAGCACUUGAGUUAUUGAGAUACUUUAAUGAAUUCAAAAAAAACAAAUCCAAAAAUAAAUUAUUUUGAAAAACAAAGUUGGAAAAAAUGUAAUUCAAAAAGCAAACCCAAAAAUAAAUUACUUAGAAAAACGAAGUUGAAAAAAAAAAUUAUUCAAAAAAACAACCUCCAAAAUAAUUUACUCAGAAAAACAGGGUUGAAAAAAAAUUAAUUAAAAAAAAAAAACAGCCCCAAAAACAAAUUACUCAGAAAAACGGAGAGUUGAAAAAAAAUUAAUUCAAAAACAGCCCCGCAUUUUAAAAUUUUUUCAUGUGAAUGCAAUACGCUUCCGUAGAACAGCUUGAAGAUUACAUAUUAUGUUUUCUUUUCUUUUUCUUUUUUUUUUUUUAACAGAACAGAAAGUUCUAAACUGUCAUCCCCAAGUCUUACCGCGCACCAUGUUGGAAACGUUCGCGUUCUUUGAAUAAUUUGCGCUUGUAUUCGUGUUAGCACCGUCGCUAAGGCAGCAUUUGGUUUUAAUUACAUGUUCGCUCCCAGAAAUAACCCUGUGUCGUUUUAACUAAGCUCGGAAAAGAUGAUGGACUGAAUAUGCAAAAAAAAAAAAAGGAAAAAAAAGCUGCCGCCGCCGGGUUAACACUCGGUCCGCAAGCUACCUCAGCGUAACUUAUUGUCAGCUGUUUACUCGGUACACUCAAGCGGUAUUUUUUUUUUUUUUUUUUUAAAUAAAGUACUCAACUCGUUAGCGGUGAGGUGACGUCUAAGCGGCCCCCCAAACUCCCACCUGCCAGGGCCCCAUUUUGUGACAUGAUGCAUUAUUUUUCCUGUAUUAUUUGGGCAGAUUUCAUCUCAUGUCUAUUUAUUGUAGAUGAUUUACAUUUUUUUUUUUGGUUUUGAAUUUUGUAAACCUGUAGCAUUUGUGUAGCAGGUUUUCGGGGGCAUUUGAGAGUUUUUACAAGUCUCUCAGGUUUAACACAUGCCCUUUUUUUUUUUAAAUUUGGUUUUCCUACUUUUUAUGGUGUGUACAUGUAUUUAUUUCCUGAAGUGUAUUGUUGCCCUACCCCAAAAAAGAAAAGCUUAGCAUCACAUGUACUGAACGUUUUUUUUUUGGGUGUAGCAUCAAUACGCUUCCAUAAUUUCCUGUUUUUUCAUUUGAUAUGUUGCAUACUGGAAAUCGCGCAGGAACAGGACCAGACUUUUUUGUUUUUUUUAAAUAAACAUUUUGUUGCCAAAAGACAUACACGAGAGCUACAUUUGGGAAUUAUAAAGACACGAGUUGGUUUAAAUGUCAUACAUUGUGAUAUUGCUUUGUUAUUGUAGCCAUGAUGGACUAACAACCAAUUUUUGUCUGGUAGUUGACACGACUUUUUCUAGUCCAGUAUGCCGAGCGAGCAAGCGAGCCCCUCUUUGGUCCCGUUCUUCUUUCCUUCACGUGCCCUGACACUUUUUUUUUUUUUUGCGUCGGAAACUUUUGAGGCGCUGCCAGGGUUUCGGUUAAGAUUUUCGGCCCGUUCAACACCACCCAGCACGCUCUCGUUACCUUUUUAGUGUAAGGUUAUAUUUGGAAUGGAAACACUUACUGUAUUUCUCAAAUAAAACUGCUGUGAAAUACUUGAAUAAAAAGGUGCAAAACUGAAUGUGCUGGUUUGUUUUUUGAGUCGACAUUAAAAAAUGGAUUUGUUAUGGGGAUUAGGGGUGGGAACUUUUGGCUAGCUCAAGAUAUGAUUUGCGAUGUUAACGAUCUCGCGAUAUGGCAAUGCAACAGUUAUCGAUACAUUGGUCCGGAAAUAAUUCUACGAUAUUCUACAAAACGCCUGAUAAACAGAAAAGCUAUGAUAUACCGUAUUGGCCUGAAUAUAAGACGACCCCCUUUUUCAAGAUUCAAAUUUGAAAAAAAGACUUUUUGAACACCAAAUUUUUAUACAGAAAAUAAUACAGUACAUCUGAAACAAAUGAUUAUAACCAUAUAUUUGAGAGAAAAUGCAUGUUGUUUUGCCUCAUUCAAAUCUUAAUAUGUGAACAUUUAAAUAUGUAAACUAAAGUGCAAUCACAUUCGUAAAUGAAUGGCUUCUGGUUUUUCAAAUGUAAAUAAACUGUUGUGAUAAAACAACAAAAUUGCAAUAACUGCAUUAACCAUCAACGUGAAGUCUAACUGUAAUUGUAGUCUUGAAACAAAUCUGAAUAAGGAAAAACAUUUCAAUAAAAUAAUGUAAACUGGUUAAACUUGAGAGAAGCUGAGAUCUGUCAUGACAACAUCGCUUCAGUGAUAUCUGGCGCCAUCUAGCGUCGUGAAUGGGUAUAACGUCUAGACCGCGAAUAUAAGAGGACCCCCUCUUUUUCAGUCUUAUUUCAUUGCAAAAAAGUCUUAUAUUCGGGCCAAUACGGUAUAUAUGAAUGUAAAAAAAAAAAAAAAAAAAAAAAAAGUUGUUUAACUUAUUCGCUACCAGCCAUUUUACUAGAUUUUAACUGAUUUUGCAAGGCCCACAGAAAAUUAUGUUCUAUUGCUAAAUAAACACCAAAAGAAACAUUACUCUCUUCUUUCAGCAGGAAAAAAAAAAUUAGUUCAUAUCUUUUUCCAUUCUUUAGAAAUCAGCAUUAGAAAAUAGCUUUUUUAGCAAUUAGCAAUAGCAAUUUUCCAAUUUCUGAUGAAAAAACAGAAAUGGAGCUUUUUGUGGAUUAGGGGUGGGAACUUUUGGCUAGCUCAAGAUAUGAUUAGCGAUGUUAACGAUCUCGCGAUAUGGCAAUGCAACAGUUAUUGAUACAUUGGUUCGGAAAUAAUUCUACGAUAUUCUACAAAACGCCUGAUAAACAGAAAAGCUAUGAUAUACCGUAUUGGCCUGAAUAUUAGACGACCCCCUCUUUUUCAAGAAUCAAGUUUGAAAAAAAAAAAAAGAGGCUUUUUGAACACCAAAAUAAUUUUUAUACGGAAAAUAAUUACAGUACAUCUGAAACAAAUGACUAUAACAAUAUAUUUGAGAGAAAAAGCAUGUUAUUUUGCCUCAUUCAAAUCUUAAUAUCUGAACAUUUAAAUAUGUAAAGUGCAAUCACAUUUGUAAAUGAAUGACCUCUGGUUUUUGAAAUGUAAAUAAACCAAUCUAUUGUGAUAAAACAAGAUUGCAAUAACUGCAUUAACCAUCAAAGUGAAGUCUUUAGUUACAUCCCAAACAUCUAAAUAAUGUUUUCCUUCUACAAAAUAACAUAAACAACAAGCCAAAUAGAGCUUUUGAUAGCAAAGUAACAAUUUAUUUACACAUAACUAACUGAGAUGAUGCUGUUGUGGCUGCGACAUCCGGGUUAACUUUUCCUUAAUCGCCACCUGUCUCACAAAGAUUUUUUUUUUUUUUAGUCUCUGCGGGGUCUGCUCGGCGAGCAGCACGGACUCGACAUUGUCCGCUGCACGGGUGGUCCCGGUCGUUCUGCUCGGUCGUCCAGCGCCUGGCAUCCGGGGCGUCCUCUCGGUUGUUCUGCUCGGUUGUCCGCCGGCUGGCAUCCUUCUGCCGGCGCCCCGGCCGUUCGUAGCUUUAAAAUGGAUUUUCAGCAUUUUGCUUUGGAGCUACGUUGCAUCAGAGCCUAGAGAUGUCUCUUGUGGAGAAAAAACAUAAAAGACGUAUAAAUACGUCUUUGGGACACUAAAACAAAAAUAGAACGUAUUUAUACGUUUUUGGGAGCAAAUGAGUUAAGCGGACGCUCGCUUUUAGCGUUAGCCUAAUGCUAACGUGAAAACUAUGCUAACGCUAGGAGUUACAUUUUGUGUGAUGAUCACUCAGUAUAUGGUGGAAAACACAGACAAGACUGAAAAAUCAGUUUCUGCUCUUGCACUCCUCUUUAAAAGAACGUGCUGUAUUUUAAGCCAAAACAACUGUUUUGUUUGAUAGAACAAUAUGUCUAUAUGCUGCCAUAGCAGAUUCAUGGCGCAUGAAGCCCCCGAACUAUUUUUAAUUUGUCCGUUUUACCCUGAAAACCCCCGUUUACAGACGUCGCGCAACCGCUUUUUUCAACCCAGCCAUAAAACGAAGGUAAUUAAUUAUAUUUAUUAUUCAAAAUGUCUGUCGUUUUUAGCUUAGAAUCAUUAAUUGAUGUCUCAUAUUUCGUUUAAAAAAAAAAAAAAAAAAAACCUUAAAAAAAUUAUUUACUCAAAUAUUUUAAACUUUUAGACAAAUUAUGCCACAAUGAAAUAAAUGGCGUCUGUAAAAAAAAGUCACGGAUAUCUACCUCAUAACUAUUGCUUUAUUGUUUUUGUUACUGUCGAAUUUUUUUUCGAUAUGUUAGAUGAUAAAUAAUCGAUCCACACAAAGAAAAAUAGAAAGAAAGAAAAAAACGUUUAAAAGGGUAAAUUUAUGAAAAAGAAAAUCUCGACCAAUCUUUGAUGUCUGCGAUUUCUGCAUCGCGACCCUUGUUAUAUUACCAUGUUUCACCCAUUAAAUCCAGCUGUGGCCAUUCACAGCUGUGUCUUGACACUCAGUGAUACAUGCUACAUGGAGUUUUUGGAUCGAAACAAGGUAAGUACGCGAUAAUAUCUCGUUAAAGUCAUGGCGUCUGUAAUUCUGCUCUCGCGUGCUCUCACCUCCAGAUAGGGUUUUGCUGUUAAAAUUAUUAUCAUUAUUAUUAUUUUUUUUUAAAAUGCCGUUCAAAACUGUUCAAAAUGUUUCUUCCCCCAGAAAAUUGAGAUUUUAAGCUUUCCAGUGAUAUAUCACACAUGCAUAUCGGACAAUUUUGAAAUUUGGCCAAAUUGGGGGUCUCAGAGGGGAACUACAAGUCACCUGAGUGUUUUCCCGCCAUAUACAUUUAAAGGCUAAAGCAACAUUGCAUAUCCUCUCUGAUCAAGAUAAGAAAACAAAUUUUACUGUGUGUGCAAGCUUGGAGACUGGGUAAGACUCACUGAGUCAGGGCGGGAGGCGCAGUAUGUCACAUGAGUGACACAAGCAGAGACUGCUACAACUCAGGCCAACUACACAAAAAAAUGUCAGACAUUGUGAACAUGUGAUGGAAACUAUUGCGCAUUUUCAUCUCGUUCAUGUCUCAUCAAACGAAACCUGACAAUAGUCAUAUUUUAGUCUCCCAAAACAAGUAUUUAGCUCUUUAUGGUCUCGUUAUGAAAAAAUUGUUCGCUGACGAAAUAUUUUCGUGAUCACCAUUGUUGACGAAAACAAGACUGUUUCAAAUUAAUGUAUAGAAAAGUCAAUUACAGGUAGUCCCCGGGUUAUGAAUAAGUUCCGUUUCUACGCUGGCGACUUAUACAGAAUUUCCGCGUAAGUCCCACGUAACUGGGUGCCUUGACAAUUUUUGCAAAGUGUCAUGAAAUAUAGAGACUAUCAAAAUCUUUUGGGCCAUAAUGUAGGGUGUAGAGUCAGAUAACUGGGUCUGUGUCAGAGGUCGUGGGUGUUCCAACAGGACAAUGACCCAAAACAUACCUCAAAUCGCACCAAGAAAUGGUUGGAGACAAAGCGCUGGAGAAUUCUGCGGUGGCCAUCGAUGAGUCCGGAUAAAAAUCAUAUUAAACACUAUGCAGAGAUCUUAAAAUUGCUGUUGCAAGAAGGCACCCUUCAAAUCUGAGAGACCUGGAAUAGUUGCAAAAGAAGAGUGGUCCAAAAUUUCAUCUAAGAGGUGCACAAAACUUGUUGAUGGUUAUAGGAAGCGAUUGCUUUCCGUUAUUUCUUCCAAAUGAUGUGCAACCAAAUAUUGUGGUGAAGGUGCCAACAAUUUUGUCCAGCCUAUUUUUUGAGUUUUGUCUAAAAUUGUGUUUAUUUUGACUUUUUUCCUCAGCUGUUUUAUGUUUUUCCAAUGCACAUUCAAGAAAUACAUUAUUACCGAAAACAUUUGUAACUGCAUUAAUUUAUGUGAGAAAUGCUGUAUUUUCAGGAAAAAUUCCAGGGGUGUCCAUAAUUGAGAGACAGCUAGAACCAAAGUGGUAUUUGCCAUGUAGCAUUUUUUUUUGCCAUGUAUCAAAAUGUUUUGCCAUGUGGCAUUUUUUUUUAUUUUGCCAUGUGGCAUAUUUCUGCCAUGUAGCAAAAUGGAUUUUGACCUGGCAUUCAAGUGUAAGUUCAAAAAUCACAGCCAUGCACGUUUUUCUGCCAUUUAAUAUGAAUGGAAAAUUUGGCCGUGCAUAGCCGUCAAUGGCAUAGCCUGCCUUGGUUGUCAGUUGAAUGUCAAUGCACUUUUAUGUAAAGUGUACGGUCAAAAAUCACAGCCACGUUUUUCUGCCAUUUUAAAAUGAAUGGAAAAUUUGGACGUGCAUGGCUUGCAAAACUGCCAUGUACCCCCUAAAAAUUGCCACAUAACCCCC